GAAAUUAGCUAUCCAAGCUGUCAAAAAUAAAGAAAUGACAUUAAGUAAAGCUGCUAAUGAAUAUUCGGUUUCAAAAGAUUCUCUCAACAGAAGAGUUAAUAAAUCAAUAAAAACAAUGCAUGAUGAUAAACCACACAUAAAAUUGCUUGGUUCUUAUAAGUGUUAUCUGAUGCCCAAGAAAAAGAUUUGGCACAGCAUAUAAUCAAAAUGGAGUUAGUCUUUUAUGGUCUAUCAAUUAAUGAACUUCAAAGGGUGGUGUAUGACUAUGUUGUACGCAAUAGAUAAACCAUCCAUUUAAUACUGAAAAGAAACUUGCAGGUCGAGAUUUUAUAAUUGGAUUUUUGAAACGACAACCCUUUUUGUCUAAUCGAUAACCUGAGGCAGUAUCCGAAAAUCGAGUUUUUGGUUUAAAUAAGGCUGCUGUUCAAAGAUAUUUUGAAAAUCUAGAAAAACUUAUUAAUGAAAACCAAUUUGAAGCAAAUCUACAACUGUGAUGAAUCUGGAUUAACAUGUGUUCACAAGCCUUUAAAAGUAAUAGCUCAUAAAGGCCAACGUGUUGUAUCUUCAGUAACUAGUGGUGAGAGAGGCCAAACAACAACUGUUAUACUAGCUUUUAAUUGUGUGGGACACUACAUACCUCCUAUGAUUAUUUUUAAAAGAAAACGGAUGCUAGAUUCAUUGAUUGAUGAUGCACCACCAGGAACAGUUAGACGUUGUUCUAAAAGUGGUUGGGUAGAUACAAAUUUGUUUAUGGAUUUUAUAAGACACUUUGUAAUACAUGGAAAUUGUAGCUCUACAAAUAAGUGUUUGUUAAUUCUUGAUGGUCACAAAUCACACACCAAAAAUCUUGAUAAUCUUGAUCUUUUAAAUUAUGCUAGCAUAAAUGGAUUGCAUAUUUUAUCACUACCACCACAUACGUCCCAUAAAUGUUAAAUAACAUCCCAUAAAUGUUAAAUAACAGAUUUUCCCCUCAACUGUUGUCAACGGUGUUUCCUCUUCAACAUUUUCGAAACUGAAUGCAGCUAAUUCGUCACUCUGGUAACUUCAGUUCGUCAUAUCUGGUAACUUCAGUUCUAAAGCCUAUUACCUCUUGAACUUUCCAUUUAAUAAAUGUUGACAAUAUUACUUUCUUUCCUUUUGGAAUGUCAUUUAUUCCGGACAUUCUAAACAACAGAAUCGUUUUAAAUUUGA